AAACUCUUUCGAAGAGACAGGUCCUGAAAAAUUCCCCCCCCCCCCAAAAUCAUGAGAGAAGGAGGGGGGAAAAUUAAAAUUUGAAAGAUGUGUGCGGGAACGGGCCCUUGAAGUAGCCACUGCUGCGUACACUGCUGCACCCUAACCGAGAACAGUUUGGGGACAGGGACGCGCAGAGCAUAUCAGACGACAAUCAAUCUUUGCAGGAUUUGAAUUACAUCAUCGAUCAGCUGGAGCGGGAGGAAAUGGAAGCUCUCUCUCUCGACAUCAUGAGCAGCCCAGACGAAGAGCUGAAGGUGGAAUGGGAGGUUUCCCGAACCCCUUCGCCGGACAUCACCAUCGUGCCGGAAGUCUCUAGCCGGCCAUACCUGGUGGAGACAGACCUCAACCUUUCGGUGGACUCAGUGUCUUCUCCGCCUCCUCCCUCGCUCGAUUCCUUCUUUCCUUGCAGUCUGAUUGAGGACUCGGCGUUCUCCAUCGAGAAGGUCCUGGGACCAACCACCGCCAACAUCUUGGCCGAAGCAGAGGCCGAAGCCUCCAAGUACGCAAAUGGAUUACAAAACCUGGAAAUUGAAUGGUCUGAAGACACCAACGAGCCUCACCGCAUUCUGACUUGUCAAAUAUGCCAGCUUUUUGUGCGGACGGUCGAUCGGUUGCUGGACAAAUCGGAGCAACUCAUGGAUCAUUACUUGCCCCUUACAGAGGAGGAAAUAGCAAGUCUGAAGAAAGCCGUAGAGGAGAUGGACGAUUCCUCUACCGAUCAUGAGAUGCAAGUGUGCUUCGCACGGAUCAGCAACCUUUCGGGCAAACUCCGUCAACGUGCCUACAUGAUGGCCCUGAGCAAGCUAAGGCUAGCCCGGAAGAAUACUGAAGAGAAUCUGGCUCAGCUUCAACAAACCAUUGAUUUGAUUGGACAGGUCCAACAUGUGGACGCUAUGGACUACCAGAAAAGUUUUGAGAAGCUGACCGAAAUCAGCAUCCAAUGGACUCAGAGGAAUUCCCUCCCGCAGCAAUCCGUGUGCCUGCAAACUGAAUCCUUCUCCCCUGGCUCCAGUAUUGAUGAAAUUGGUCCACGAGUUGCCCAGAGCAGCGAUAAUGAAGAUUUGGGGGUCUCCAUAUCUAUAAGUAGCAAGGUCGAAGAAAAGCAAGAAAUUCCUAUUGAGGGUGAGAUUGCGGAGAUGGUCUCAACAUUUUCCACAGAGAUUCACUACAGGGAGGAGAUUGAGGUAGUGCCGAGCAAAGAAGUCACGCCGCCUCCAGACGUCAGCUCUGAAAAGUUGCCAAGUCCUCCAGCAGAAGUUGAGCCGGAGGCGCCACCAAGCCCUCCAGCAGAGGUUGAGCCAGAAGUCCCACCAGGUCCUCCAGAAGAGGUUGAGCCAGAGGUACCAAGUCCUCCAGAAGAAGUUGAGCCAGAAGUCCCACCAGGUCCUCCGGAAGAGGUUGAGCCAGAGGAACCAAGUCCUCCAGAAGAGGUUGAGCCAGAAGUUCCACCAAGUCCUCCAGAAGAAGUUGAGCCAGAGGUACCAAGUCCUCCAGAAGAAGUUGAGCCAGAAGUUCCACCAGUCCUCCAGAAGAAGUUGAGCCAGAAGUUCCACCAAGUCCUCCAGAAGAGGUUGAGCCAGAAGUUCCACCAGGUCCUCCAGAAGAGGUUGAGCCAGAGGUACCAAGUCCUCCAGAAGAGGUUGAGCCAGAAGCUCCACCAAGUCCUCCAGAAGAGGUUGAGUCAGAAGCUCCACCAAGUCCUCCAGAAGAAGUUGAGCCAGAAGUUCCACCAAGUCCUCCAGAAGAAGUUGAGCCAGAAGUUCCACCAGGUCCUCCAGAAGAGGUUGAGCCAGAGGUACCAAGUCCUCCAGAAGAGAUUGAGCCAGAGGUUCCACCAAGUCCUCCAGAAGAGGUUGAGCCAGAAGCUCCACCAAGUCCUCCAGAAGAGGUUUGAGCCAGAAGCUCCACCAAGUCCUCCAGAAGAGGUUGAGCCAGAAGUCCCACCAAGUCCUCCAGAAGAGAUUGAGCCAGAGGUACCAAGACUCCCAGAAGAGGUUGAGCCAGAAGCUCCACCAAGUCCUCCAGAAGAGAUUGAGCCAGAAGUUCCACCAAGCCCUCCAGAAGUUGAGCCAGAAGUUCCACCAAGUCCUCCAAGAGAGGUUGAGCCAGAGGUACUACCAAGUCCUCCAGCAGAAGUUGUGCCAGAGGUGCUACCAAGCCCCAAACUUCCAACCCCUCCACCAGAAGUGGAGCCCAAGAAGCCGCCAACCCCUCCACCAGAAGUCACCACGCCCCCCAAGAGUGUAUCGUUGACCCCUGUGGAGAAGGUCCACAGAGAUGUGGCUCAUAUAACUCUAACAACUCCCGGUUGCGAUGAAGACGAUACUCUGCUUGUAAGGAUGGCUAGAAGUGAAGAAGAUUUCGCUUCUGAAGUAGAAACCAAAACCCUAGAAAUGUCCCGGAGCUUGACCAGCAACUUGAAGAACACCUAUGAGAGCCUAUUGACCAACCUGAAAGACCUUCCCUCUAAUCUCCAAAACAAGCUAUACCAGACCUGCCGAGAUAUGAGCGAGCUCCAUUCCACCUUUGCCUCCGCCCACUGUUUCAGCGACCUGUCCAGCGGCCUCUUGAACAAGAGCUUCGCCAUCAUGGCCGAAGCCCAGGGCUCGAUGGAUGAACUCAUGGAAUUCGCCUUGCAAAGCCCCAAGGCCUUGCUUUGGUUGAAGGACUAUCUCCCUCCCAUCUUGACCAAGAAGCGGGAGACCCAGGUAGAGGCGGCGGAGAGCAAGGACGAAGCCAAAGGAGAGGUCCCCCCAUACGACAUGAGGGAUACCGAGAGCAACAUCUUGAAAAUCCAGAAAGCGUACGAACCUCGAGAGUGCUACAAUGAUACUCUUUUUGUGAAGAAGGAGGAGGCAGCCGCGGCCGAAGUGGUCCCACCUUCUAGUUUAAGAGAAUCGGAGGACAUCCUCAAAAUCCAAGAGGCAUAUGAUCCUCAAGGUUGUAAGGAGGACGUAACUCCUAGCAGGGGAGAAAAGGAAGAGGAAGAGGAAGAGGAAGGGCCAUCCCCGAGAAAGGAAGGGUCUAAAAAUUGGGGCAUAUUGAAAUUGCUGGUGACCUACGUGCCCAAAAUCUCCACCAUCCACGCACUGCUAGAGAAGAAGAACAUCCAAUCUUCUGGCCAGAAGGAAGAGGAAGAAGUUCCUGCUCAGGAAGAGGAAGAAGCCUUGCCCAGCAGGGAUGACAUCUUGAAGCUCCUCCAAGCUUACGACCCUAAAGGUUGCGAAGAAUCGUUCAACGAAAUGGAAGUCUCAGAUCCUGACCAAAGAGAAUUCCUUCCACCGAGCAGGGCGGACAUCCUGAAACUCCUGAAGGCUUAUGAGCCUCAAGAGUGUCUUGACGACACACUGCCCAGCAAGGAGGAGAAAGUGGAAAUGGAGGUGUCCCGAAUUUCUAUUAAGGAAGCACCUUCCAUUAAGAAGGUAGAGGUCCCACCUCCUGUCCAGAAGGAAGUAGUCAUCCCACUUCCUAUCCAGAAGGAAGAAGUCAUCCCACCUCCUGUUCAGGUGAAAGUAGUCAUCCCACCUCCUAUCCAGAAGGAAGAAGUCAUCCCACCUCCUGUUCAGGUGGAAGUAGUCAUCCCACCUCCUAUCCAGAAGGAAGAAGUCAUCCCACCUCCUGUUCAGGUGGAAGAAGUCCCACCAUCUACCCAGGUGGAAGAAGUCCUAUCAUCUAUCCAGAUGGAAGAAAUCCCAUCAUCUAUCCAGGUGGAAGAAGACGUCCCACCACCUGUCCAGGAAGAAAUGUCACCACCAACCUCUCGUUCAGAGCUGGAAGUCCCAUCUACUAAGAGCCAGUUGAUUUCAAGCAUGGAUAACAUUCUGAAACUCGAGGCCAAUAAGAGCAACAACAACAACGAGGUCCCACCUUCGACCACGGAAGAAGAGAAACAGCCACUUCCUGAGAAACCCAAGAACCUCCUGGACAUCCAGAAAGCCUACGAACCCAAAGAAUGUGAGGAUGGGUCCUCUAUCAGGAGGCAGGUGGAUGAGGCUUCCUCUUCUGCUCCAGGGGACCAGGUGGACAUCCUCAAAAUCCAGCGGGCCUACGACCUCAAGGAGUGUGAAGAAAUGACUCCUUACAGGGAGGCGGAGGAAGAAUCCUCAACAGCAGCAUCCCAGACCUCCGGAGGUCAAGGGUGGAGCAUCUUCAAACUCGUGCAAUCUUACCUCCCAAAGAGUCUCAGGGAGGAUCCUUCUAAGAAGGAGGAGGAAGACAAGUAGGAAGAUGGAAGGAAGCGGGGAGGGGGGGUGAAUGCUUCGGAAACAGGAGUGCUUAGCGGGGGCUGCAAAUGGCGGUGGACUCACCCUGGAGAAGGUCCCAGGUGGUCGGUCUCCAUAAAGCCAGAUGUACAGCAUGAACCAUUAAAGAACGAGAUGUUGAGUCAGAAGCUCA